AUGGAUUACCACUCCAAAUGGAGUGAAACUACUGUCAUCAAUACGAUUCGGGACAAGCCAGUGUUGUUGAGCCGUUUUGCGUUUGUCGCUAGUUGUGGUUUGGGAGGAUGGAUAUUAGGAUAUAAAGGUGGAGUCCCUCGGAAAAUACUUUAUUCUUCAAUAAGCGGUUCUGUUGGACUUAUAAUCUGCUUCCCUUGUGCUACUCUGUCGGGUGUGACGCGUACAUGGAACAAAGGUCUGAAAUUAAUCUCAGAAUACAGAAAAAGUCCGAAUGAUUAA